AUGUUGUGGAGUGUUUUCGCAUCUCUUCUCGCCGCUGGUUUGGUAACGGCAGACAACCUCACAGCCACCGUCAACCUCAGCGUGUCUAAAGGGAAACCUGUCCACUGGGCUUCUGGUUUCAUUUAUGGUAUCCCCGAUACACCGAAUCAGAUCCCCGAUCAUUGGUACACCGAUAUAGGAUUCCGUUAUGGUCGUGCUGGAGGCGCACAGCUUCAAGCGCCCGCCCGAGGUUGGAUCUGGGGAUUGAAUGAAUACAAAGGUCGCCUGGAGUCAACGCUGUCAAAUUACCGGACUUGUCGCAAAUACGGUGCUGAAUUCAUUCUCCUACCGCACGACGUGUGGGGAACUGACCAUACCAACUCUUCGACGGUCUGGCCUGGUGAUGGAGGCGACUGGUCCGAUUAUGACUUGUUCGUCAAAACCCUGAUGAAGGACCUCAAGAAAAAUAAUGCACUGAAGGGUCUGGUUUGGGAUAUUUGGAACGAACCCGAUAUUAGUAUCUUCUGGGAACGCGAUCAGCAGCAGUGGAUUGACUUAUACAUUCGCACUCAUAAGCUGCUUCGCGAGGACCCAAGCUUCCACUCCGUCCAGAUCUCGGGCCCAUCGUUGGCCUAUCGCCCAGUUUCUGGGAACACUUGGUGGAGCAACUGGCUGGCUCAGAUCGCAGGAAACAAGACUAUUCCCGAACAAUAUUCCUAUCAUUUGGAAGGCGCCACGAACGACUGGGACAAUGAUCUUCAAAACACAAACAGCACACUUGCGACGCUUCUGAAGAAUUAUGAUCUCCCUGAUCGCCAGAUCAACAUCAACGAGUAUGCCAAUUACGGCGAACAAGUCCCCGCUGGGGCUGCGUGGUGGAUCUCACGAUUGGAAAGAUACAAUGCCUUUGGGUUGCGUGGCAAUUGGCUAAGUGGAUGGACACUACACGACCUCAUGGCGAAUCUCUUGACUAAAAAAUCGGAUCCGACCGAUUAUAAUGCGACCGAUUACGCUCCGGCUCCCGAGUUCCAGGUAUAUAAAUACUACAAGGGGAACAUGACCGGCCACCGCGUCGAAACCUCCGGCACUGGAGAUCGCCUGUUCGACGUCUAUGCCACGGUUGACUCGGACAAGGUUCGCAUUCUGUCAGGAACGCGCAUUACGGCGGGAAAUUGGCAGAUCACCGUGACAGGGAUGAGUGCGGUCGGGCUUCCGUCUGAAGGGACGGUAGAUAUUCAAACCUGGGGAUUUGCUGGCACAUCCGUGUAUCAAGAGGUGGAUUCCCCCAGCAAUCGCGGUAUCGUCUCGCAUACUUAUUCGGGUGAUGUGUUGACUUUCCCCAUCUUCCAAACCGAUGCUAGCACGGCGUGGGCAUUUGAAUUUAGCCGCUAA